AUGGUAGUUGAUUCCGAUGGCAAGAAACCUUCGGGAACAGUUUAUACCCCCUUCAAGCGUCUGGUUAGGAAUCAAACACAACAGAAAGUCGUGCGGGCUUUGGUUCUGAAAAAAUGGAGGUUUGAAAACAGAAAAACAGGUCAAUUAUGGAGUUUUGACCAACAUUCCAUUGACCAAGAGGGUACUCAAAUGCAUGCUAGGGUAGGAAAAGAUUAUAUACAGUUGUCUGAAGAGAAAUUUGAGGAGAGAAAUGUGUAUUCCAUUCAGAGGUUUAGCAUUGCCAAGCCAUCAGCCGGUUAUAGAAUUGUGUCCUUCGAAAAUGUAAUGUGGUUGAACAGGUUUACCAAGGUGGAACAUAUGAAAGUUGACCACUCGAAUUUUCCCCAAGAGAUAUUUAGUUUCAUUGCUUUGGAGAAUAUUGGGACCAGAAAAAAUGUUACUACGUAUUAUACAGCUGUUAUUGAAAGGCUAAGUUCUUUGUCGAACGUUGUGAAGAAAUCAGUUGAAGAAUUUAAGAAAGUAAGUGAUGUGCUUAUGAGGGAGAUUAUGAUUGAGAAUGAAAGGGGAGCUACAAUGAAAGUAACCUUAAGGGGUGAUUUGGUUCAUGUUAUCAAGGAUGGGAUGUUGGAGUCCAGAGUAUUCGUGGAUCUUGAUGUUCAACAAGUGCGUGAUUUCAAGACAAAGCUUACUUCAGAUCCUGUGGAGGUCAGUAAGGUCGAAUUGAAGGAAGACAAUCCAAACAAAAAAAUGGUGACACUGUUCGAUCUAACUGAAAUGUUGCAGUAUGAGUGUAAUAGGGAUAAGACAUGCUACUGUGAGGCAAUCAUUGUUGGAAUGGCAGAUGGUAAAGAUUGGUACUACGUCGCUUGCAGUAAAUGCUACAAGCUAAUCGAUGGUCAGGAUUCUUCCAGCAAGUGUGGUCCUGAUUUCCGGGAAGCUAUACCAUGGUACAUACUUCAGUUAAAAGUGACCGAUGGGUCAGAAAAUGUAACAUUUACUGUUAUAGGGCAUAACGCUGAAAAAAUGCUGAAGUACACUGCCGAAGAAUUACGUUGA